UAAAACAGUCCGCGCAGCGCAGCGCAGAGCAGCUCGCCGCCAUGCAGACGCGCACAGUGGCUCGUAUCCAACACGCAGUGAUCACCUUCUGUCCGGGCUGCUGCCGCUGCUGACUUCGCUGUCGUCUGUGAACACCGCGGCUCCUUCAGACCUGCACCUACUGAAAAACAAAAGCAGCCUGUUUUCAGACGGCUGUCUGUCUUUUUUAAUUCUUCUUUUUUUUUUUUUUUUAAAUGAACGGCCGAGGACUCUGAGUUUAUGUUAUGAAUUUAUCACGCGUCUUCUCCCCUCGCUCGUAAGUUAAAGCGAGCAUGACAAUGGUGCAUGGCUGGGUGAUAGCAGCAUAAUGCGUUUUCGGAUUUUUUAUUUUUUCCCUUGACUUUUGUGGAAUGGGUUCUUUGCCAGAGCAGUCAAAGAAGGCUUCGGUUGCUUAUUUUCUUUUAAAUGAUCGACUUAAAUAAAUAUCCAUAGUUUCUGCCUGUGUGAUGCUGAGCCUCUGGUGCCUCCUCCAGUCCACCUUUUCCCCCCUUUCAGCCGCUGCGCAUCUCUAAUUGGAGCGACACGGAGCAUCUUUAAUUGAUGGAGAGCAUCCACAGUAGGCUCUGACCACGCCGUCCACCAGCUCAGGCCAGUCUGCCACACGACGCUUCCACUCUUAUUGGAUGCUGUUGUCUUUAUUCACCUCGCCUACGGUGCGUCUUACCCGGUUUUAGGACCACCAUCUCUCUCGCUUUUUUUUUUUUUUGUGGAAACAAUGCCGGUGAACGCGCUGCCCCGAGGUGCCAGCAGCGGCAUCAGCGGCCCGGGAUCUCUUAGCCCGGCGUCGUUGUCCCGCAGCCUGUCCCGGCUGAGGGAAUACCGCACACGGACGAGGAUCAUGCUGGCCCUGGGAGUCUCUCAGAUGGUCCUGGGGAGUCUCAUCCUUGCGGUCAGCUUCGCGGCUCUGGCGCUCACUACAUCACCAAGAGUGCGGCACUCAUGUCCCUUCUGGGCAGGUUUUUCUGUUUUGCUCUCUGGACUCAUCGGAGUGGUGUCAUGGAAGAGGCCGCUCUCUCUUGUGAUCACAUUCUUCAUGCUGCUGUCUGCAGUGUGUGUGAUGCUCAACCUGGCGGGCUCCAUUCUCUCCUGCCAAAACGCUCAGCUUGUUAACUCGCUGGAGGAGUGUAAGCUGUGCGGAUGUGUGGUCUCCCCUCCUCCCCACCAGGUACCGUUUGACAACGAUGGAGUGUGUGUCUGCUGCGAGCAACAGAAGCAGAGCACCGGCUGCAACAACCAGGCAGAGAUGCUGAAACUGAACCCCCUGCGGGACUGCAACACCAUCCGCCUUCGCCUCAAGGAGCUGCUGUUCAGCGUCUGUGCCCUUAACGUCAUCUCCACCAUUGUGUGCGCUCUUGCCACCGCAAUGUGCUGCAUGCAGAUGGUGUCGACUGAUGUACUGCAGAUGUUCAUGCCGCACAGAGCUCGAGCCUUAAACGCUGAGUGUAUGACCCCCCAUGGUACCAUCCUGCAUCAGACCCUGGACUUUGAUGAGUUCAUUCCUCCGAUCCCUCCACCACCAUACUACCCCCCAGAGUACACCUGCACCCCCUCAAUGGAUGGACAAAGAGGCCUGCAUCUGGACUUUCCACACUCCCCCUUCAGCGCCAUCUACGGGGUGCCCAUAAAUAGCCCAGGAACCCUUUAUCCAACUGACCUCCCUCCUCCGUAUGAGUCUGUGGUGGGCCACACCCCGGCCAGCCAGGUCACCACCAGUAUCGAGCAACAGGCCACUGAGUCCAGUCUGUGUGACAGAAACACCACAGCAGGAUUCAGCACACAGGCCUCAGUUGACAGUGCAUCGCUGAUGGUGUCUGAGGUGGCUGACCAGGACCAGACCUGCUCUUCAGAGGACCUGUGCUCCCUGGAGGUGCAGGGCUCCGACUCAUCUCCGUUUGGCACCCUGCAGACUGCCCCCACUGACGGAAGCUGCACCAGCCUUGAACUCUGCACGCGUCUCUCUACACGUUGCCACCGCGGCAUGCCUCACACCGACGCGCGCCCCAGUGACACGGGAUUCAGCGAGUCCUCACACACCCAGGACUCCCUGGAACGCUCACCGGAUUGGUCCUCGGAAAACUUUAGCAACCUGGACCAGGAGUAUUCUGCGGAGAACACACACCCCUGCGAGGAACUGAGGGCUGCAAUGCACAUUUGUGACGAGCUGGCCUCAGCCAAACAUUUACCAGAGGAGCCACCAAAGGCCCAGACACAUUCCUUGAUCAAAGCGAGAAUGAUGAGCAGGAAGCUCACCUUACCUGUAACUAUCCCGCCACCGCCGCAGCCUUGUUCCCCCACCUCAGUGGCCUCCUCUGGUGGAACUUCUGCCAUCAGCCCUUUGGCUCCGUCUCCUUCUCCCUCUCCCCCCAUCCGGCCACGAGGCCCCAGGCUGUGCUUCAGUGUUUGGUCACCCUCCUCCUCAUCACAGCCCCCCUCUACCUCAGCUCAGAGUGGCCAGUCACCCUCCGAGAGGCCUCGCGCGCUCAGAGCAGCCAGAAGGUAUCGCAAACUGGCACGCAUCGUCCGUUCCACCAGUGACCCCAUCUCCUGCUCCACCACAACAGGAAUACAGAACUGUUCCUGCACCACUGGAAAUAACCCAGCUGCUGCAGGCUCAGGUCGUACUUCUCCAGAACAGGAGCCUAGAGAUGUUUCAUCAGAAGUAGUCGGAGCGAAGCCGGGCCAUGUAGCCACAAAGCAGCAGCAGCAGCAGAAGGAAGGCAGGAAAGUGGACAUCCACCUUAAACCUCGAUCCCUUCACACGCACCCCUCCCAUGAGCGCCCGCACUCACUGGCUGACCUUAAGAUGUACAAAGACACAAAAAUAUUAGUGGCCAAAUUCCUGGAGCACUCCAGCAGCAGCAGUCUACCUCCAGAAGUCCAGCAGGUCGUCAACAACAUCAAGUGUGUGAUCAAGUCAGACGAGAAACACAUGGAAGAGGCCAUCUUCAGUGCCAAUGUUAUAGAUCAGGUAAUGACCCAGCGCAUCAUUGGCAGUCCAAGAAAACGGGACCACGAGGACAUACAUCUUCAGAGCUGCGGUGCUUUGAGUUCCUCCCCGUCGAUGUGCCGCUCAAAACAUCACCCACAGAAAACCAGCUCUUCAACUGGCCCACAGGGCUCCCCAUCCUCUGAACAAGGCCUUGAGUGCAGAGAAACCAUUCUUUGACCGCUCGGAUCAAGACUCUGAGGCCAUUCCAGUGUGCUGAUGUUGCCGCCCUGUGUGGCAGAUGUCUGCGGAGUAAUUAAUAACUCUCCAGACGUUAUGGGAUCAUUGUUCGCUCAGUGUGGCUGCAGUACAAAGCAUCUGAAGUGCUCCUAUGCUGCUUAUAGUGCCCUGUGAGACCAUGCCAAGUCAUCAGCAAAAAUGGUAGCAAACUCCGUCAGAGCCUGCCAGUGUCUGUAGUGGCUUUUUUUUUCUCAUCCGAAACAAAUAAAAGAAUGUUAUUCUCCCUCAGGGGACCUUUUCUACUGAAUUUCAUCUCCUUAUGAAAAGAAACUAAUAACCCAGCUGGUAAGCCUGGAUCCGUGACAGACACGCAGAGAAAUAUCUGUUGUCUGUAUUCCUCUUGUCCUCAUGAGAAACAAAUGUGUCUGUACAAAACUGUGAACUGAACUGACAGGACGGACACUGCUGGCCAUUGUUUGCUGACUUGUGGAAAUGUUUCUGAUAAGGUGGUGAAUAUUUUGUGGUUCAAAAACAUCACAAAUGUUGAUUAUUUAACUUACCUCAUUGUGCUACAAUUCUUAUCAGUGUUACAAUAAAAUAUGCCUUUUUAGUUUUG